AUGCCGAAUCGGUCCAACACGCACCAAACCAACCAACAACCAGCCGAAAAGGGACUUGGAUUCGAUUUCGAUUUCAAAACGACAACGAGCAACGAGCAACGAGCAACGAACGCCGACCAACGAUCCCGAACCCCCCCCCUUUCCUCGAAAAAGGGAAAGAUAAAGAGAAGAAACAACACCCAACCCCCUUCCAACCGGGUUGCCGUCUUUUCAAGCCCUUUUCCCCCGUUCGAUUUACAGAGUUUCGGUGGCCCGCCAUGCCUUCCGAUCACGGUCACAGACGGGUCGGCAUCUGAGCUACCAGCGUGGAAAGCGCGCCACAAACCCCAACACAAGAAGACUCCAAAGGCCGCCAACUUCUACCUCGGAAAGAAAGUUGCGUUCGUCUACCGGGCCAAGCGCGAAGUUCAGGGUUCGAAGAUUAGAGUCAUCUGGGGCAAGGUCACACGGACACACGGCAACUCGGGUGUUGUCCGCGCUCAAUUCAGACACAACCUCCCUCCCAAGACCUUUGGUGCCACUGUACGAGUGAUGUUGUACCCUUCGUCCAUCUAA